GCGUACAAAGUAGCUUGCUGGGGGGUGGGGGCGGUAGUUGGUGAGUUUGGGGAGGGUUUGAAUUUUUAUUUGAAGUGAGGAGGUUGGCAGGGGGAAGACUGCCUGUCAAAGCUGGGGCAGGGUGAAGAAAGGAAUGUUAGUUUGUGGGCAAUGUGUGACCUGGCGAUUGAAUCGGUGAAAGGAGCUGUAAUUCAGUGAGUUGGCGAAUGGCUGCUUGAUUUCGGCGAAGGAGCGGAGGGGCCGCUGUUGUAAAGCAAGAGGAAACGUUGAAGCAGAAAUACACUUUUGAACAUUGGAAUUUGGUUGAGAUGAAAUUGAUUUUGGAACCAGCUUCUGUGAAAUGACAGACGCAACAACAACACAAAACAUUUAUGCUUGACCAGUAAAGUUAACGUGAAGCUGCAUCUGUGGAGUUUGCAGCAUAAUUUGCCCACAAAUACAAUCGUGGAAGGAGUUCCUUUUUUCAUGAUAUUUGAUCCUACGGUCUUCAACUUAUAGAAGAUUUUAUUUAAGUAUUUGAAGAAAAUGGGAACACCAGGAGCUGGAAGGAAACGAACACCAAUUAAAGAUAGAUUCUCAGCUGAAGAUGAAGCCCUGAGCCACAUUGCCAGAGAGGCAGAGGCCAGGCUUGCAGCUAAGCGGGCAGCCCGAGCAGAGGCACGAGAUAUUCGUAUGAAAGAACUGGAACGACAGCAGAAAGAGAUUUAUCGCUCAUCAGGCAGAAAAUGGGGAGAGAUCCACCAAUGGAUGGAGAAUACAGAGCAUGCCAAGCAUUCUUAUAGGCCUAGCCGGCAUCACCUGGCAGCAAGUGAUGAUGCCCUCUCUGUUUGCAGUGCUAACAACCAAAGGCACUCCUCCUUUGAUGUGGGUGUGUCUCACAGAAGCAGCUCAAGACGAAAUUACUUUGUGAUGACAUCUCGUGCAAAGGAUAAAUCAGCUCAACUCGAGAAAACCCCCCGAGCUAGUUCCAUUCACAAUGAUGCUCAUACAGUCAGGAAGAAGCUGUCUUCUUCCAAUCAUGGCUCCUUGAGUGGAAUGUACCACAACCAAAGAAUGUACAGCACCUUAAAUAGGGCUAAAUCCUUCUCCAAUUAUACUCUGCCAUCCUCUCUCUCUAGUGCUCCAGUUGCAACACCCAAGAAUUACAGGGCGUCUUCUAAUUUGAGCACUGGCCUAAUUCGAAGCCAAAGCUUGGUGUCAUUGUACGAUGAGAGACUUUACAGUCACAAUUGGAGAAAUAGCUCAAGAACUCCAUCUGAAUACAGCUGUUCUUCACGAGCAAGCUCAGUGCACAAUAGCCCAAUGAAUUCAGACGAUGAAACAAUGAGCACCGUGUCCCAAGAUAGUUACAGCCAGGGGCGUCGUGACAGUGUGUCCUCUGAUUUUUCUGAUCACAGUGGAUCGAUAGCUGACUAUUUUAGCCGUUCAAACCGCAGGGGAAGCGUGGUCUCGGACUUGGAUGAUAUUACUGUCCCUGAUCUCUUUAGUUUGGAUGAGAAGACUGAAUCAUUUUCUCGGCCUGCUUCUCGAAAUGCAGUUGCAGGGCUGUCAGCAGCGACACUGGCCUCUCUUGGGGGAUCUUCCUCUCGACGAGGGAGCGGGGAUACAAGUAGCAUACUGGAUCCAGAUGUUUCACUCAGUGAACUGCGGGAUAUCUAUGAGCUUAAGGACCAGAUACAAGAUGUAGAGGGGAGAUACAUGCAGGGAUUAAAAGAACUUAAGGAUUCGUUAUCAGAAGUAGAAGAGAAAUAUAAAAAAGCUAUGGUCUCCAAUGCACAACUAGACAAUGAAAAAUCUAACCUCAUCUACCAAGUGGAUACACUAAAAGAUGUUAUUGAAGAAAUGGAGGAGCAGAUGGCUGAGCUAUAUAGAGAGAAUGAAGAAAAAUCAAAGGAACUGGAACGGCAAAAACAUAUGUGUAGCGUGUCGCAACAUAAAGUAGAAGAACUAAAAGAGGGUAUUCAGCAAAGAGACACACUUAUAGAGGAGAACAAGUGUCUGCAGCAGAGGGUGGACACCCUCACCAGGGAUGUGUUUGAUCUGCAGGAAACUGUCAACUGGAAAGACAAAAAAAUUGGGGCUCUAGAGAGGCAGAAAGACUACUUUGACUGCAUUAGGAAUGAGCGUGAUGAACUGAAAGAUGAAUUGGCUGAUCUAAGGGAAAACACAAAGAAAUACGGUUUGGUUAUAAUCCCCGAAGGCACACCUAAUGGUGAAGUAAAUCAUGAACCAGUUGUUGGUGCGAUUACAGUUGUGACUCAAGAGGCUGCUCAAGUGCUUGAAGGUGCAGGAGAUGGACCACUAGAUGUGCGGCUAAAGAAACUGGCUGAUGAAAAGGAAGAAUUACUUGCACAGAUCAGAAAACUGAAGUUGCAAUUGGAAGAGGAACGACAGAAGAAUUCCAAGAUUGAGAAUGUGCUCACUGAUUCUGAUCGACUAGAAAAUGGCACAGAUUUACAAAUUCUCGAAAUGCAGAGAGAUGUAAACAGGCAGUUGAGUGAGUACAAGUUUAAACUGUCUAAAGCAGAACAGGACUUUGCCACUGCUGAACAAAAUGUUGUCAGACUCGAAGGACAGGUGCUUCGUUAUAAAACAGCAUCAGAAAACUCAGAAAAAAUAGAGGAUGAACUAAAAGCAGAAAAGAGGAGGCUGCAGCGAGAGUUACGAUCAGCAUUGGAUAAGAAUGAAGAGAUGGAAAUGACCAAUAACCACUUGAUGAAGCGGUUGGAGAAGAUGAAGGCCAACAGAAAUGCACUACUCUCUCAGCAGUAAAGAUGGAAGAGUCAGUGCACUGUAUCUAUAACAAGCAGAACUUCAAUGCAUCACAAUUUAUAGACCUUUUCCAUUGGUGCAACCACUUUCAAACACUGAAAGAUGUCCUUUAUUAAGGCUUCAGUUUUAUAAAUGUUGGCGUAAAGAUUUUGUAAUUUAUGAGAAAAUUAUGGCAUUGUCUAAUGUCUACAUGUUUGAUAAUUGUGUAUUGUAUUGCCUGUUUAGCUCAGUGGGUUAAUAGCCUUUGAAAUGAGUUGUGUACUUAUGAGUGAUUUAGCAGGUAAAUACAAAUAGAUUUGAUUGUUCAUGGCUUUAAUACGCCAAAUUGAUUUACAUAAACCUUUCUGCUGCUUAGAAAUUAUACCGGUUGCUUUAAGAUCUUGAACGACUGCGUGAACGGAACUGAUACACAAGAUAACCUUGCAAGUCAAUUUUGAAAAUCUAACUGCUCUCAUUUGCCAAUAAUUCUGUGCACCUCGCAAUGCAGGAAUCCCCGCUUCAAGUGCCUUUCACAUGGUGCGAUGGAGAUUAUCUUAAUUUGGUUACGCAUUCAGCAAAAUUUAUGGACCAAUCAUUCGGUCUAAAAUAUUGUAAUUGCUGUAUUUUAAAAAGAGUGGGUAAAUUUCUAAAACAUUUAUCUGCUAAAGGUGACAUACAUAAUUUUUUCAUCAAAAAUACAAUUUCAAAUUGUCUUUUGUAUUAUAUACAAUUUAAUUGAGUAAAGAAAUGGAUUGUAGAUAAGAUUGAUAAGUUUUGAAAACGUCCCUGCAGUUUAGUUUUAGAACACAUGAUCUAGGCAUCUCUGUUGCUCCUCACUUCAUGGAGUUAAAAAAAAAAAUAACAAAUGGAAAGAAUUGUUUCCUUUGCUAUAUAAAAUAUUGGACUGCAUCUUCAGAGUAUUACUUGUGUUGCUUGUGUAUAAGGAUUUGGUCUUUCUGAAAAAAAAACAGGCUUGUGAAUGGGGGUUCUGACAAUAAAUGAAACUGUGGGCACUUUA